CGGAUGCACAGAGGGUGCAGUAACAGCGGGGUGUGAAAAGGGACGAACCGGGCGUAGUAGCACUGUAACCUACUAAACCGCGGAUCAGAGCGACCUCAGCGCGGACAGAUCUCGCAUCGCAAGCAGGCGACGACGACGAAAAAAGGAAGGACCACAGGAAUCACUUCUGUUGCAACCGCAGUCCGAUAGCCCGGCACGAAAAUGUUCUCCUCACUGUUGGAUGCUGCCCGCAACUCACCCUUCAAGAGCCCGUUCACCAAGGCACAGUGCGAUGGGGCUGUCGGUGGUCCAGUGCGUGGCCGGUCGAUUGCGGCCGCUGCCUCGGAAGAGGUGGAGUUCGGUUCGACCAAAUUCUUCCUGCUGUGCGGUGUCGGCGGUAUCAUUUCGUGCGGUUCGACCCACACCUUCGUCGUGCCGCUUGAUCUGGUCAAGUGUCGGCUGCAGGUCGAUCAGGCCAAGUACAAGAACGUGUUCCACGGCUUCAAGGUCACACUCGCCGAGGAUGGUUCCCGUGGUCUGGUGAAGGGAUGGGCGCCAACCUUCUUCGGUUACUCGGCACAGGGUGCCUUCAAGUUCGGUCUGUAUGAGGUGUUCAAGGUACAGUACGCCAACAUGCUGGGCGAGGAGAACGCGUAUCUGUACCGCACCUGGCUGUACCUGGCUGCGUCAGCCUCGGCAGAGUUCUUCGCCGAUAUGGCGCUGUCGCCGUUCGAGGCGGCCAAGGUGAAGAUUCAAACUACUCCUGGCUACGCGAACACGUUGCGUGAAGCCAUGCCGAAAAUGAUGGGCGAGGAGGGGGUUAUGGCCUUCUACAAGGGUCUGGUGCCGCUCUGGUGUCGCCAGAUUCCGUACACCAUGAUGAAGUUCGCCUGCUUCGAGAAGACGGUGGAGCUGCUCUAUGCCUAUGUGGUUCCGAAACCACGCGACCAGUGCUCAAAGGGCGAGCAGUUGUUGGUCACGUUCGCCGCCGGUUACAUUGCAGGUGUGUUCUGCGCUAUUGUCUCGCAUCCGGCCGAUGUGGUUGUGUCGAAGCUGAACCAGGCCAAGGGAUCUUCUGCUAUCGAUGUGGCCAAGCAGCUUGGUUUCAUGGGCAUGUGGAAUGGUCUGAUGCCCCGUAUCAUCAUGAUCGGUACCUUGACCGCUCUGCAGUGGUUCAUCUACGACGGUGUGAAGGUUGCUCUGAACAUCCCGCGUCCACCCCCGCCAGAGAUGCCGGAAUCGCUGAAAAAGAAGCUGGGAGUUCAAUAAACUUAUGUGACCUCCUUUACUCCUUUUUCUUCGCUUCUUGUCCACUCCCAACAAUUCUUGUCCCAUCGCAGCUUCAUUUGUAACUCUGCCCUCUUCUGUUGUGCCGAGGACGGGUGAACCGUACCAAAUUGUAAUCCCCCCCACAAACAUACACCUUAGAAGUGCAUCUAAUGCGAUUAAUGUUAAGAGAGACUACAAAGUGAACAAAGACGCGCACGAGACCAUCGUACCGCACAUCGUGAGGAACAUUCUAUCUCCACUGACGGAGGGUGGAGGCGUUAUUUCCAGUAUUUGUCGGUCCAGUCGGUGCCAUCGAUCGCACUACAACGGAAAGAGGCAGUGAGUGUGCACAAACGGGCAAUUCAGACCACAAAAAGGCGUUAAAUAAAUCGAACACUAGGCGUUAAACGAGUA